CCUGUACAAGGGGUAUCACCGCUCACCAGCACUAGCACAAGGCCACGAGCGAGGGAGAGAAGAAGGGCAGGGCACCAGCUCCAGCAACAACAACGCAACGCCGGUACGUGGUCUCGCCAUUCCUCGAGUUCUCCAGCCCGGACAGGGCUCCUCCGGUUGCAGCCUUGCAGCUGUCCGGCCGGCCGGUCCGCCCCCCGUCUCCGGUACUCACGAGUCCAAUGGAACAAGGCACCCCUCCCCGGCUGCUAAACCUCAUCCCGGAUGACAAGGGGUGGCAGGCGAGGGAAGCUCAAGCAGGCCACGGAGGAACAAGAUCAACACUCGACGCCGAGCACGAGGAGGGCAAGGAGCUGGACCUCAAGCUCGGCCUCCCCGGAGUCCGGCACCAAGAGGAGGCUGUCCCAGGACCAGUAGAGAGCUGCUCGGCGGUCUCCCUGGCUCGCUUCGCCACGCAUUCAUGUCUCACCACCGGCGCCAAGAGAGGCUUCUUCGACGCCGUUGGGGCCAAACCACAAGAUUAUGAUCGGAGGCAGCAAGAGGACAGGGAAGGGUGUGCACCUGUGCACAGCAGCAGAGACCCCCAGGGGAGAGCUGCUGUUGUUCCGGUAGUCGGUUGGCCUCCAGUCCGAUCCUUCAGGAGAAACCUCACAAAUGGAACUUCAUCUAAGCAAUCCCCCGAGCGACAAAACGUCGAGGCCACCGACAGAGCGAAGCCGGUCUGCAAGAAGAAACCGCUUAUCAAGAUCAACAUGGAUGGGAUACCUAUUGGAAGGAAAGUAGACCUCGCAUCAUGCGACAGCUACCAUAAGCUCUCAACUGCCGUCGAAGAGUUGUUCCAAGGCUUCCUUGAAGCCCAGAAGGAUUUAUCUUUUGAUGAAAGCGGAGUGCGAGGAGCAGAAGAGAAAAUAUUUUCAGGGUUGCUGGAUGGAACCGGUGAAUACGCUCUAGUGUACGAAGACGACGAAGGGGACAGGAUGUUGGUCGGAGACAUACCAUGGAGUGUGUUUGUUUCAACUGCGAAGAGACUGAGGGUCAUGAGGAGGUCAGAGCUUCCCCAGCGUAUGCUAAGUAGUGGAGCUAACUCAACGAAAGUAGCAGAUUGCUGAAAAUGAGGGUGCAUGCAUUUCCAUGGCGCAGACCGCAGUUCAUCACAUUUUUGGAGAUCGCCCGUCUUUAGUUUGUAGUGAUGAAUCUAAUAAGGAGAAGAAAAAAAAAGCAUCUCGCAGUUGCAGCUACAGAGGACACGCUGCAUAUCUUGUAAAUUACCCUACUCUUUGUUUGAAUGUAGUGUUGGUCAGUGCAAUGGUAAAUGUUCUAGGUUUAUUAAAAAGCGUCGCGCCGAAAGUGCCGUGUUCCACGUGUUGCGACAGUUCUCUACUUAAUUGCACUCAAUGCAUGAUGCAAACCUAAUGAUUAAGAUGACAGUGGUGCAUGACUA